CGCGCAGCGACGCCCGAGGAAGGCGCCUCCGAGGAAGCUCCGCGGCCCGUGGGGGUCUCUCGGCCUCCGAGCGCCUCAGCGGGCCCCACCCCCAGCGGCCGGCCCGGUCUCCACGGCGACCGCCGCAUCCGGGUCCCGAGGGGCUGCGCGUGCGCGUUGGCGUCGUGCGCGAGGCCGCGUCCAGCCAUGAUGAUGAUGGCGCUGAGCAAGACCUUCGGGCAGAAGCCCGUCAAGUUCCAGCUGGAGGAGGACGGCGACUUCUACAUGAUCGGCUCCGAGGUGGGCAACUACCUGCGGAUGUUCCGCGGCUCCCUCUACAAGCGCUACCCGUCGCUCUGGAGGCGCCUGGCGACGGUGGAGGAGCGCAAGAAGAUCGUCGCCUCGUCCCACGAGUCGCAGCGGAGCCACAGCCCGAGAAGAUAUCAUGGGUAUACCACCCUGGCCACCAGCGUGACUCUCUUAAAAGCUUCUGAAGUUGAAGAAAUCCUGGAUGGAAAUGAUGAGAAGUACAAAGCCGUCUCCAUCAGCACUGAACCUCCCACCUAUCUUAGGGAACAGAAGGCCAAAAGAAACAGCCAGUGGGUUCCAACUCUUCCCAAUAGCUCCCAUCAUCUGGAUGCUGUGCCUUGCUCAACCACCAUUAAUAGAAACCGCCUGGGCCGAGACAAGAAGAGAACGUUCCCACUCUGCUUUGAUGACCACGACCCAGCAGUGAUCCACGAAAAUGCCUCACAACCAGAGGUGCUGGUCCCAAUUCGGCUGGACAUGGAAAUCGAUGGGCAGAAACUGAGAGACGCUUUUACAUGGAAUAUGAAUGAAAAACUGAUGACUCCAGAAAUGUUUUCAGAGAUUCUCUGUGAUGACUUGGAUUUGAAUCCCCUCACUUUUGUUCCUGCGAUCGCAUCUGCAAUCCGACAGCAAAUUGAGUCCUACCCUACCGACAGCAUCCUGGAGGACCAGUCAGAUCAGCGGGUCAUCAUUAAGCUCAACAUUCAUGUGGGGAACAUCUCCUUGGUGGACCAGUUUGAGUGGGAUAUGUCUGAGAAGGAGAAUUCUCCUGAGAAGUUUGCCCUGAAGCUGUGCUCAGAACUUGGACUGGGCGGUGAGUUCGUCACCACCAUCGCUUACAGCAUCCGGGGGCAGCUGAGCUGGCAUCAGAAGACGUACGCCUUCAGAUCCAAUUCUGCUGGAUGUGGCAGUCCAUAUAGGAUUGAGAACCCCCUGCCGACCGUGGAGAUCGCCAUUCGUAACACUGGGGAUGCCGACCAGUGGUGCCCUCUGCUUGAAACCCUCACUGAUGCAGAGAUGGAGAAGAAGAUCCGAGACCAAGACCGGAAUACAAGGCGCAUGAGGCGUUUAGCUAACACAGCUCCAGCCUGGUAACCUCUGCAGAGGACCUUCGGCCACCAAACUGUCUCUCCGAAGGACUGGCAUCCUGCUUGGGGGCCUGCAGCCCUCCCUGGAUUAACUUGGCAAGCCAGGCGUCCCUCCUUUCCCCAGUCUCUACCUCUGGGGUCCAGUAAAAACAAAUUGUGGCAGCUGUCAAAACCUUCUUUUCCCACGUCCAAACGACUUUUUAAAUAAAUAAUCCAUCAAGAUGGAAGAUGCA